UAGUUUCCUCUUACAUAGUAAAAGAGAACCACUUGCAACCUUGCCUCUCUCUAUCUUCCAUUCUUCUCGUCGAGGGUGUCAUUUGUAUACGGUACUAUACAGUACAGCACUCAAUUGACUCUGCCACAAUGCCUUCCCAUCAAUCCGCCCAAGUCAAUACCCUCCCCCACCCCGACGGCUCCGCAACCGUCUCCUCCAACGGCUACACAGUCCUCUGCACCGUCAACGGCCCCCUCGAAGCCCAGCGCCGCGACGAACAACCUCUCGAAGCCUUCAUCGAAGUACACAUCCGCCCCGCCAACGGCGUCGGAGGACCCCCCGAACGCUCCCUCGAAUCCACCCUCCUCUCUUUCCUCCACCCCAUCAUCCUCACCCCCGCCCUCCCCCGCUCCCUCAUCCAAAUCACCCUCCAGAUCCUCUCCGUCCCCCCCACAGCUCAGACGCUCCGCACCGGUAGCGCCGCGUCCGUCGCUCGCAUCGCGCUCCUCCCCUCCCUCGCGCACGCCGCGCAACUGGCAUUGCUGGCCGCACGGAUCCCAAUGCGCACGGUAGCGUGUGUGGCGAGCUUGGCGGUGGUGGAGGGGACGGGGGAGGUGGGGGUGGUGGGGGUGGGGGAGACGGGGGGAGGGAAGGUGGAGGCGGUGCAUGCGGUUGGGUAUUCGAGGCAGGGGAAGUGUUUGUUGUGGGAGAUGAGUGGGAGGGGGGAUGGAAGGGGAAUGAAGGCAGUGGAAGGAGAGGCGAGGAGGCGGUGUUUGGUGGAGGGAGGGAAGGGGGAGGAUGUAGUGAUGGGAGGGGUGGAAGGGAGGAGGGAGGAUCUGAUGGGGUGGUUGGAGGGGACGAUUGGGGGGUGGUUAAAGGGGCAGCAGAGGUGGAAGGGGGAGAGUUGA